UGUGUGGCAGCAACAUUCUCUUUAGGUAUGAAGGGAUGUGAGGUGCAUUAGCGAGCUGCAAGUGCAUGCAUUUGCAAGUCGUUCAAACAUCCGUUUGAUUUUUAGAAGGCACAUCGCUCUUUUUUUUGAUAAAACACACAAUACUUCAAUAAAUGUAAAAAGAAUAUGGAGAAAAAUAGAGUUAAAAACAUAUUGUUUUGCCAAUACAUAUUUCAAUUUCAAAUAAGCCAGGUGCCCUCUAUGGAAAAUGAACAGUUUUUCUACCCCCAUACUGUAUGUAUCCUGUUGCUCACCACUUCCUUUGUUCCACGGUGUGAGGAAUGCUAAGCCGAAAGCCCUGUACAGUAUCUGGUAGUGGCACUACAACUGUCAUCAUAAAGACACCACACCAAGAUCUUGACUGAAAAGAGUUCAACCGGAGAAGUUUGUACAAAAAAGAAAUGAGGUUUUCAAUUUACAUGACAAUGCUCCUUCUUUGGGUGAGCCAAGACCCGACCAAAUGUGAGAAAACAGGGGUAGUCCUUGAUACCAUAAGGGUUGCCGUAGGAGAACCAUUAACGUUGAACUGCACAUACGACUGUUCCCCUGGGUUUGUCCGUGGCUGUUGGAGUCCUGAAGAAGUCUCUGGCACUGCAGGAUGUUUGGGUACAAUCACCCAGAAUGAAGUCUGCACCGUAUCUCUACAGUUUCCAAACAUUUCUAUCGAAGAUGUCGGCUCCAUCCAAGUCUGCUACUCUGAGAACACAGCUCACCCGGAGCUGAAGCGACAAACAGAGCGUAGGGUGGAGCUGCAGAUUCAUGGCCAAAGAGACAUUCCCAGUUGGACCACAGGUUCUGACACGGCAAGCUCUGAAAUCAAAUGGACUGAAAUGAUAACACGUGAGUUUUGAGUAUAAUAAGGAUAAUUCUUUUUCGCACAAUUUUACAAGAUGCUAAUAUGUUAUGAAUUUUCUUAGCCUCAAUUCCCACCCAACCAAAGGAUUCAGGUGAUAUGAUAUGAUUUUGAUGUAAAUCAAGGAUAUGAAUAUGAAUAUUUGGAUGUAACAUUGUAUUUUUUUAUUUAUAACAGGGGAGGUGGCUGGAAUGAAUACUCUGCAAAGAUCCAUUGCAAUUGUUGGCAUUGCCCUUGUGGGGUUAGGGUUUUUCCUCUUAGUAAAGUAUAAAAGGAAGGGCGGCCCUGUUGAUUCAGUAAAGGAUCGGCCUAUAUCACUAGGUUCCCAUGCCAACCGAUCACCUGCUAGAGAGGACCAGAGCGACAGCGAGGUGGCUUACGCUGACAUCGUGAUCACUGUCCGAGGGGCAAGCUCGCCAGAGCUCGCGCAGAUAUGUUACGGCAGUCAAGAAGACCAAAGAGAGCGCUGGAGAGAUGAGACGUACCUGAGCCCCUUCCCUGCGUCUCACCUGCCGCAGAUCUCGCGCUCUGCUGACCGACUCAACGUGAUCCCGAGAGAAAUCUCGCGUAAACUGAGCACCAACUCAGAGUAUGCAAUUAUUACGUAUUCGUGAUUGAGAUGGCCUGCUGGGACAAACUUAAUGUAUUAAAUCCAUGUCUGACUUAAAUUCUUGAUUCUAAUUAUGUACAUGUUGGUUUUAAUAGUGUGUAUUAAAAUAAACGAAACAACUGUGUCUUGGGUUUCUCCUUUGGGCAGGCGGACCUCUUGGGUCUCCGUACAUUAGUUUCGUUGCAUAGCAACUAUCCUAAACAAAACUCAUGUUGACGUGCGCUCUAGUGUCUCACUGCUACUCAGUUGUUUAAGGCGAUUUAAAAGCCCUACGUGGUCUGAGAGAGGAUGGCUGUACCUUUCUCCAACACACACCUACGAGUUCCUCGUGGGUUUGGCUCCAUCCUGGAGGGGCUGGCGAGGGAAGUGUUGAGAAACCAGCCUGAAGACAUCCCUACUUAUGCCCUCCUUUACUUUGAAGGCCUUCUUAAAGAAAGAGAAGAGAGUGGCUUGGACCCUGCUGAGUGGGCGGCAAAAAUCGAGGACAGAUUCUACAACAACCAUUCAUUUAAGGCUAUUCCACCUGCAACAGAUGUUACAUCCAACACUGAAGAAAGGUCAAAAACUGAAAAUCAAGAAGGUGUUCAAGUAGCCUCACCCCACACAAGGCACCCUGAUGGUUUCACUGAAUAUGUUCAAGAAGAGAGUGAUGAUCGAGGAACAGUAGAGAAGGUCAAAACUGAAGAGGAGCUCUCACCAGAAGAGUCAGAUGACAUACUCCAAGUUGCGGGUGUUAGCAGUGAAGAUUGUGGCAGGGAAAAAGAGGAUGAAGAACAAACGCUUUUCACUGCAUAUGAUAAAGUUGAUCAGGAAUUGAUAGAAAGUGACAUCCAGUUUUCGACAGACAAAGAUAUCAGUCAGUCUGAAUUGGAUAACACUAGUUUGUUAUUAUCCCGAGGCGAUUCCAUGAGAGAUGUGUGCGCUGAUGAGUUACAAACAAUUGAACACGGCGAAAAACCACCCAUACAAGAACAAGAGAACAAUUUAUCAGGUGACGAGAUUAGAGACACAUCGGACAUCGACCAAAGUGCUGAUGCUGGAAAUGUUAGACAGGAGUUUCCAUAUUCUGGGCUAGCAGAUGUGGAUGUGUGUGCUGAGGAACUUCAGCAGACAGACAAAGCAAAUGUGGUCGAUGAUUACCAUAAUGCACCUUCUACCAAAGAGGAAGACCUUCCUGGGGGCUUAUCGCUGUCCCAAAACCAAACACAAACACCUUCCCUAGAAGAUAUGGAACCUCAGGAGAAGAAAACACUGGAGAACCAAGAACUAAUUGAGACACAUCCUCUAGAAACACAUGAACUUGUACUUUCCACAGGAAAUGCUGGUCACCAUACGAAGGAAAUUGAGAAUACGUUAGCUACUGAUGCUGCUCCUCAGGAGGAGGCCUUAGUUGAGAUUAACUUUGAUGAUGUCCCCGAAGUUCACCAGAUAGUUGAGACUGAAGGUCAGACAGAAGACGGAUCUUCGGUCUUGGAACACAGUGAGCAGCGACCAGAGAGCCAGUUGGAUGAGGACAUUGUUGGGGCUCGGUCUGGUCAUGGGGAAGAUGGUUUACAAUACAGUGAUGAGCCCACCUCUGAAACAGAGGGACAAGAGAAGGAAGUGAAGGCCGAAAGGGAGGAAAUAGACGACAAUGAGGCAGCAGACAUCAGCCUGAAGUUGGACACAAGUGACCUAGCCUUGAGCAAUAUUGGUUACAAAGGAGAUUUAGAUGGAACAAUUUUAUCAAGCAAGGCCACUGCAGGUUUGACAAAUCUUGAGCUAAAAACUGAUUUUGAUAACGAUGAUGAAACAGACAACGCGGAUGCAAGUGAAGUUGAAAACCAGGGCAAUAAGGAUCCUGAAAGACUGAACGCAUACAAUGAGACAGACGAUCCACCAGAAGACGCCAUUGAUGAUGAGAAGCGAGAAAUCAGUCGAGGGGUCAUAGACGACGCACAAGGACAGUUCAGCGUGAUGGAAGAGGGGCUUCCUUCUGAAUUCGAUGAUGGUAACGCUGGAAUAAAAUCGAACAAAUCCGAAUCGGAAAAAGGACAGGAAGAAGUGGCUGAGGUGAUGGCAGUAGAGGAGAAUCCGAUGGAGAUGAAGGAAAUAGCUCUGGCACCUGUGGAGCCACAGCCUGAGGACACUAUGGAGGAGAUAGAGGACGCAGUGGUGAUGCCGCGGACCAGCGGGGCAGAAGACCGGGCUGAAGAGGUAGUGAUUGAUGAACAAGGACAAGGAAGGAGCAAUGGCGUGGGGGAGGGGUCCAUAGAAAGCUUCCACCUCGGUGCAGGUCGGACACAUGAUGACGUCUACCAAGGGGACCAAAGGCCGCCGGAGACUGAGAAUGACGUCGUGGAUCAGGGGACCAAGGAUGAGGACAAGGUAACCUCACUUCUUUAUGGCUUUAUUCCACAUGGUGUUUUUCAGAUGAUUUCUCUCUUUCUAUAGACGAUGAUAAAGUUGUUCAAUGCCUAAAUAGAGCAAAAUGUUUACUGAUUUGGACACAGUUUCACAUUAUAGUCUGACGAUGAGGUAACGUAUAAUCCUAACCCUUGUAUCUUAGAAGAUAGGAAAACAACGAGCACAAUGUGCUCAUGGCAAAAUCACAAAAACUCAAAUAUGUGCGCAUAUCUUAACUAGAGUGUUCCGAGCCAUGCCAUGUCUCUGGUUGAGAUUCAGUCUGAUCACAUGACUUUCUCUGUUAGCCUAUAUUCAUGACCCCGCCAAGGACGAGUCUGGUCAACAGUACAUCUCUACUUUCUCUUCACUGGCCUCCAGGGGCUGGUGAUUGAAAACAAUCCAUAAAUAGCAUAGCAUUUCUCGAUGACAUAAAGGCCUACAUUUUCGUAACGCUGAAUGUCAUCCAACAGAGUCAGCCUCGAAACAGCCUCAAUUUAUGUAGUUUAAUGUCCAUUUUCCAUGUGUGUCCGUGUGUAUUUGUGUGUGUGUGCACUUGUGGAUGUGUUUGUGCAUCUGCCCCUACACACAAUGCAUAUUUGAACCUGUGUAAUUAUGUUAUGUGUCUGAAUGUAUCUGAGUGUGUCUGAGUUUUUGUGUGCAUGUGUGUGUGUGUGUGUGUGUGUGUGUGUGUGUGUGUGUGUGUGUGUGGGUGUGUGUGUGUGUGUGUGUGUGUGUGUGUGUGUGUGUGUAUGUUUGUGAGUUUUUCUGUGUCUGCAUCUGCGUUGUUGUAAAUUUGUUUGCAAACUCAAUGGGGUUUAACAGUUGCUGCUUGAUUGUCAAAAAUCUACUUGCUGGUGCAAAAUUCAAUAUUCUCUAGGGAGCACUUCCGCAGAGCAUAACUUUCACAAGUAAUUCAUCACAAUAAAGGACUGAUUGAACAAUUUUCAGGUGAAUAAGGCAUUAAAGUCUUCUGCUGCUGACAUAGUUAGGCCUGUUGAUUUGUC